AAGUAACAUAAACUGCACAGCCAGUAGGUACUGCAGUCAGGAGAUGCUGCAGAGUGAGGAGACAGCAAGGUGAUCUGAAGCGUGACUUUCCAGCGAUGUGAGCUGCUCUGAGACAGGUGUAGGGAAAUACAGCAGACCUCACACAGGAGACCUGGGGAUGGAAAACACUAUAAUUAUUUAUUCUUGAUUGGUGGAGAAAAUGACUUGUCAUAUGGAAUGUAUGAAAGGAAAUCUUAUUUACCGUGUGGAAAGCUGUUGCUUCAGUGAAAAUGCUUUUCUGGCACGGUAUGAACAGAGUGUUCGCUAUUACUUUUAAAAUAACCAGAGAAAAUUGCAGUACUGAGGAGAAAAAACAGGGUAUUUCUCUACAAUUUAUAUUUGGAUAUUUUUGUAUCUUGCCAUGAAAACUACUGAAUCCCACAGUCAUUCCAACAGCAGCACCUGAGACAUUCACACUCUGCAUCACUUACCAUCAAAACAUUUCAGGUUUAAUACUACUGCAAAAAGAAUAAGGUGCAAUAAUGGAUACAUCAAUCUUAUUUCUGAUGAGGACAUUUGCAUUUCUGCUUUCAGUUAUAGUUACAGAAGGCAACCUUUUCACUUCUCCACCAGCUGGAGUUCGUGUAUCAGAUGACAGUGUACAACACACAGUAGCUAUGGUGACCACAAAGACUGCUAGUACAGACCAGUAUCAUUUGACUGCCCAGCAAACUAUAACAAAUCCUGCUUCUGAUGUUUCUCCUGAACAUUCCGUGGUAAUGGAACGGUUGAUGAACAGAGACCUUGGUAAACUUUCUUCUCAACAGAGACUGCAGUCCAGUUCAACUACAAAAGACAAGUCUGCAGCAUUCAGUGGAAACAGCAGUAGUGGAUGGAGUGUUGUGAAAGACACAAGUACCAUUUCUGGUAUGUUGAGCCAACAGAAAGUGGACAUAAAUAAACCUUUCUCACCUCUUUAUUCAGACAGCCAAGUGCAGAAUCUUGAGCUGAAAGAUAUACAAUUAUCAGAAGAAAAUUUGCAGCCAAGUUCUUCAGUUUCAGUGCUUGAUGAUAAUUUUCUUCCAUUGCAGGAAAGGUUUUUAAAUAACAUUAUCACAACCACAGCUGUGACAUCCACACAUCGCAGUGCAGCAGUAGACGAAAUUCAGAGUAAUGAAAUUUCAAGUUACAAUUCAUACCCUGUCAUAAACAGGACAGCUGGAUCUGCAGAAAAUAUUGCUUCUGAGUGGUCUUCUGAAAAGGAGUUCACUUCAAGUUCACUUAUUACCCCUUUAAAAGAAUUACAUAUUAGGCAAAAAAGCAGAUUUGACAACCAUCAGACUGAAGGAACUGGUUCAGAAUCUCAGUGGUAUACCAGACCACCCACUGCAACUACAAGUUUUUCUUCUACAUUUGGUAGUCAGUAUAUGAAGCUUGAAAGAAUUCAAGAGACCUCUUUAGCUCAUGGACCUGUUUCCACAACCACACAUUCUGCCACAAGCCCAGAGUUUGCAGCCACCACUGUAGAAGGCUUCAAAUCUUCAAAAAUGCCUGGCACAACAGAAAAACUAAAGGAACAACCUCUAAUGUUAGGGAAUGAUUAUCAGCCCAGUGUUGUAAAGAAUAUUGACAAAGACACUUAUCUUACUACUGUUAGGAGCACUGUGGGGCAUGACAGUGGGCGAUUAAACUGGUCUUUAAUUACUGAAAAACAAAGUGUGAAUAAUCAAAUGAUAACUAACACAGGCCAUGAAGAGGAUAGGAGUGAUAGUCCUUGGUUUUCAAGAUUCAUUCAGAACUUAUCCACAAAGCGCUAUGCUACGUCACAGGUCGGAUACAAUGUUUACAUGAUGCCAACAGAGAAUAUAACAGAUUCUACUUUUGUCGAGGUAUUGUACCCCAACAGAAAGAAUGCCAAGGCAUCAGAAGGGAGUAAAAUCAGCCAGCAAGAAAUAGUAGCAUCAAACCAAAGAAUUUUGUCUACCAUGCACACUGCUACUUUCCAAGAGCCAUUAGUGAUACCAAAUGACAAUGCUAGCAUACCGUUUACUCAGACAAUGACAACUGCAAAAAUCAGUAACAAUUCAGAGGGAAAGAAAAGUACUCAAAGUGGAUUCACAACGGAAGGUGUAACUUAUUUUCAUAGGGUACAGCUUCUUCACUCUGAAGUAACUUUACCCAACCAAGUCAGUGUUCCAGACAUUUCAACAGUGCGUUAUAGAAGUUAUAAACCUCUGGUUAGUCUAUCUACAUUCUAUAAGAGUGUUCAGAAUAAACUUCAGGAUUUCAGAACUGAGCCAAGUGAAAUAUCUGCACCAUACAUGGCAAGAGUACACUCAACAAUGAUGCCAGUGUCUGUUUCAAACCCUUACUUGUUGGCUCAUCAAAUAAGCACAAAAAUAGUGCCACAUCACAAAGUCCCAGCAAGUACAACAGAAAAAACACAAUUUAUUCAUUUAGUUCCAGUUGCUCACACAUUGCAAACUGAUAGAGUGAACAGAGAUGGGCAGACAAGCAUAAUAUCCCAGCACUCCAGUGUAGUGACACCAAGUUUUUAUGUGUCGGCCUCUCCUCCAGAGAGUUCGGCAAAAAAAACAACUCAGACAUCAACAUUUAGCAAAGAUUCUCAGACAACUGCAAUUCCUUCCUUCCAUAAAACAUCUGCAGAAGUGCGAAGCACCACAUCUCAACCUGUCCCUACAGUGGUAGCAUGGCCCACAUCAAGAAACAAGCAAACCUCAGCUACCUUAACCCCUCUAGCUUCAACCCCUGUGAACAAACAGAAGGAGGAUUCUAAGAAGAUGGGGAGGACUAUACAAAUUUCUUCAGGCACCCCCACACCUUUGGCCUCCAUUAAACCUACUGCAGCCAGAGGAUCAGGUCGCAGAGCUACAUACAAAGCAACAUCUCAGAAGGUACCUGAUAUAUCCAGACCUCUGCUGACCCUCACCGAUGUCAGUUCAAAGAAUCUAUCAUCCUCCCUUCCUUGCAGCAGAAUCUCAGGGUCAUGCAGUUAUGAGAUUUCAAACAGAACAUUACUACAGUGGAAUGACUUGAAACAUACCCUAAGUUUUGCAUGGGAGAUGCAUGUCUAUGGAACAGGAAUUAUUUUCCUUAUCCUGUCUUUGAUAGCCUUAAUUAAUUUGAUUGGCUCACCAUUAGUGUAUGCACCAUACCUGACAUUCAUCAUGGUGAGUAAUGCUCUCUUGUUUUUAACUGGCAUCCUCAGGGCAAUUUUUCUCUUCAUUGAUCCGUAUGGCACAACUCUCAGAUUAUCCCCAAGUGCAGUCAUUCUGCUGUACAACAUCACAUUCCCACUUAUGGCAUCUACUUUUUCAGUUCUUGCACUUCUCAUCUUUAAGAUGGCCAAAUUUCAAAUACUUCCAGCAAAACCACAAGUGCUGGUGUUGCUGGCAUUCCUUACUUUGCUCCAUGUCACGUUUUUAUUUGGUGGGGACCUUUUCUUAUUCCUUCUGACUCCAGCUGUAAAUGUGGUCCUUCAGGUGAUAGCAGUAUGUUGGACAACUUUCCUUAUGAUGGCCUAUCUUGCUACAUACUUUAGACUGAAGCAGAACUGGGAAAACACUCCAGCACAUGUUCAAAGGCCAGCUGUCUGCACUGACAGCACUCGUGAACUUCAAACUCAGGAGAUGAUUUUGAGACAACUGCAGAUGUCAGCAAAGGCAAUGAUGGCCUGUGGUGUUUUUGGGUUGCUCAACUGUAGUCUGCACAUCUGUGCCACACUGUGGUUGUUUGGAUUUUUUGGAAGUAAGGGGGAGUUUUCUUGGUCUUGGUUGUUUCUCCAGUUUUUGUACCGCAUGUCUGAACUGGCGCAGUGCUUUGCCAUGUGUUUUGUCGCUUCUUACCCCUUCUGCCAGCAGCAAAGCAGGUCAGGUCAUACUGGCUGGUCUAAGAUUAUGAGCUACUUUUGCAAUCGCAAUAAGCCAGAAAUUCCUGAAUAUCCUAACAACUGUUAUGACUGGGUCAGUAGUCCUCAAGACAGAACUUCCAGUAAUGACAUCAGCAAGAACAUAAUACGUAAUCAGUCCGAGAAUGUCCCUCUCCGAUCCGUGAAGGACAGUAAUGAAAACAGAGCAAAACUGUCUUACUACAAGAAUGGAGGUUCUGUUUCUUCACUUAUCAAACCAAAAGGAGUACUGUUCAGUUCCAAACCACACAACUCGGUUAUUGGGCACUCUUAUUCUAGUAUAGGUUUUGAUAAAGAGUCAUUCCUUUCACUCGCCGACUUUGAUUUAAGGCCACCUUCACCUAUAAACUUGAGCAGAAGUAUUGAUGACGCUCUCUUCAAGGAGCAUCUUGUCAAAGACAGCAUUUUUCAGAAUUCAAGUCUUCAGUGUCCUAGUUCUCUGCUCCGGCAGGACUCCUGUUCAUCUUUAAAGGAAAAUACAACACUGAAUGAAACCAGCAAUAUGGUAUCACCUGCAAAUUUCAAGCGAAGGAGUAGUGAUCCUGAUUACCGUUACAGUCUGGCUCGAUGUAGCUCCCCAGCAAAUGUCAGUGAUCUAAACAGCAGUAAUCAAUAUACUAAAGUUCAACAAAACACUACUGCCAGCCUGCAUGGGGGUCCAUCAGGUAGUUCUUUAGGAAGCUUCUCAAAGGGAUCCAUAAAAAUCACCUGGAAUACUUGGCAACAAGGACUUUCUUCUGCGGAAACUAUACCAUCUGAUGAAAUGUCAAGCUUGCAGUUUCUGCCUCCAGACAUAAAAACUGUAGAAAUGUCUACUGAGACAGAGGACACAGAGAGGGAAGCCAGGAAGAGCUUUAUUGAAAUCAGUAGAAGAAUUGAUGAUCAGAGUUUGUCUAGUGAUACAAUUGAGCUCUGACAUUUCCCAUCAUUUGAUCGUUUUUUUUUCUAGAGACUGUGAAAAGAAUCUGUUUUAAGCAGCUGUAUUCUUGACCCAAAUAAAUAAUAAAAUUGGGAGCUUUUGUAUCGCUGAGGUACAAUCUGAAUAAGGACUGCCAAACAUCAGUAACUGUACUCUAUUGCCACUUAAUGUAAGCUGCAGCUUUACGGAAGUACAUUUGCUGGUUUAUCUUUUAUUAGACAAUAUUGAGUGUUUCAAUACAAAGUAUCUGUUUAUCAUUGUAAAGUACAAAGCAUUGGUGUCAGACACUUGGAGUAAGACAUAUGUUGUUUGCAGAUAUGGAUGCAGAAUUUGGGUUCCAUACCCAGUGCUGCAGCAAGUGAUCCAGUUACUUCCCACUCACAGGUUCUGAGAAAUUCUAGAAUGCAGCAAAACAAGGGCCUGGGCAUCAGUCAGCCAAUUAAAUCAUGCAUUUUUUGUGUCAGUAAAGUAUAAAAUGAACCAUGCACAAAGCACACAUUCUAGGUACACCCUCAUGUUUCCCUGUUUAAUUUUAUCAGUGAAAAAUAGGAAAAUAAACAUGCACCAUAAAAUGGUUGCUGACGGAGGAGCUACUGUGUCUGUUCCAUGGUAAGAUCUCAACUAACUGCACAUUUUGCUGAAUUCAGAAAUCCAGAACAUUCAUAGCAGAAAUAAGCAAUGGCAAUUCGAUUUACCUUAUAUGUAAAUGACUCUACUGCACAUUGAAUUUCCUUCAGUUAUCUAAAAUGAGGAAAGAAAUACACCAUAAAGCAUAUUUGUAAGCAUGAGUAAAAUUAUGUAGCAGAGAUUGUGACAUUAAGUAAUACAGCUAAUUGUUGUAAUCAUAAGCAGUGACACAUACUAGGCCAUUUUGUACUAUCCAUUUUCAGAGAGAACAUGUCACACAUAAACAUUAUAAACAGGCACACACAGUUUCUGUGUGUGUGUGUGUGUGUGUGUGUGUGUGUGUGUGUGUGUGUGCGCGUGUGUUGUGUGUGCGUGUUGACAGAUAGUGGACCUGUUAAAUGUUAUGCACAAUGUAGUUGGGAAUAAACCAAGGUGUUUUAUAAAAUCUGUCCACACAUCCAUGUACUGAUGUCUGCUGAAUGUAGAUUGUUGAGAGGUUUCAGAGAGAAAAUCUCGAAAAUAUUAGCACACAUAAAUGGCAAGUGGAAGAGGAACAGUAAUUAUCGGCAGGUUACCUUUGCAAAAAUUAUCAGUGUUAGGUUGUGAGGGACUGGGUGAUUUUCUGCAUGAAAAGCACAGAUUGUCACUUUACAUGGUUAAAAUAGCAGACAGGAUUAGUCUUACAUUUUAUUUGUCACCAUACUAGGUUGCAAAACCAACUCCCAAGUGCACUUUUAUUGAAGACAGAAGUUUGGCUUGUAUAAAUCAUGUGUCUGCAUAGUAACAGUGUAGAAUGUGGAUAAAAGGGUCGUCAUCCUCAGGAGAUACUGACAUCUAACCUAGAUGUGGCACAUAAAAGAAUCCACAGGAUGUGGAAAUGUAUUACAUCUUGCUGCACUUUUAAAAUAUGAGCUUUUAAUAACCAACAUGGCAUGUAUGAAUUAAUGAAUUAUACAGUUUUAAUGUAAAGGCAAACUUCUGAUUGUUUUUCCCCUUUUCACAGUCCAAUAUUUCAAAGUCUUUGAAUCUAUUUUAAAGUCCGAUAAAAACUGUCUAAGUAAUAUAAUACUGAAAAAUACUAAUGAGAUGUACAUAUAAAAAGCAAAAGAUUUUCCUCAUAGCAUGCUUUCAGUUAUUUAUUUUAUUAAUUUAUUUUGCACUUGUUUAUUGGGAAAAUGUAUCAAAGCUAUAAACUUUAUAAACUUUGGAAUCAGCAGAACUUAAAACAGAAUUACUGCCCCACAGCCCUAGUGAACAGAUUCCCUUCACAAGCUGUAAAUUUCAAAACUUUGAACUGCAAAUGGUCUAGACCAUAAGAAUGAAGUUUU